UUCCUGAGGCUGUGAUGCAGUAGCAGAGAACAGACCAGUGUCUCUUUAAGAGAAACCAGCUUCCUGCCGCAGACUCUCUCUCUCUCUCUCUCUCUCUCUGCGGAGGCUGCGUUUCCUCAGACAGAACCACACAAGACCGGGACCGGAGCGAACCGGACCACGGGAGACUGGUAGAACCAUGACAGAAAGCUCCAAGACCCACGUCAUCCUGCUGUCCUGCGGCAGCUUCAACCCCAUCACCAAGGGACACAUCCACAUGUUCGAAAGAGCCAGAGAAUAUCUUCAUAAAACGGGUCGUUUCAUCGUGAUCGGAGGAAUCAUUUCACCGGUGCACGACUCCUACGGGAAACCAGGUCUGGUUCCCAGCAGACAUCGUCUCACCAUGUGUCAGCUGGCCGUCCAGUCGUCUGAUUGGAUCAGGGUGGACCCCUGGGAGUGUUACCAGGACACCUGGCAGACCACCUGCAGCGUCCUGGAGCAUCACCGCGACCUCAUGAAGAGAGUCACCGGCUGCAUCCUGUCCAACGUCAACACGCCGUCUACAACUCCUGUGAUUGGUCAGCCACAGAACCAGGCCCCGCCCAUUUACCAGAACCACAACAACAUGAAUCACAACAAGCCCACAGCUGGUAAACUCUGGGGGAAGAUCAGUGAGAGUUUGGGUAAAAUCUGCUGCGUCCAUCCACACAUUGAGCGCUUCACCUUCGUCGAUGAAAACGCCAACCUGGGGACAGCCAUGAGAUACGAGGAGAUCGAGUUACGCAUCUUGCUCCUGUGUGGCAGUGACCUCCUGGAGUCCUUCUGCAUCCCUGGCCUCUGGAAGGACAGUGAUAUGGAGGUGAUCGUGGGGGACUUUGGGAUCGUGGUGGUUCCUCGUGACGGCGUCGACACGGAGAAGAUCAUGAAUCACUCGUCCAUUCUCCGCAAGUUUAAGGAAAACAUCAUCGUGGUAAAAGAUGCGACGAACCAUCCGAUGGCCAUCGUCAGCUCCACCAAGAGCAGACUGGCCUUGCAGCACGGGGACGGCCACGUCGUGGACUACCUGAGUCAACCCGUCAUCGACUACAUCCUGCAGAGUCAGCUGUACAUCAACGCCUCGGGAUAGAGCCGCACCUGGCCGCACGAAAACAGGGAGAGCUUGGGUGUUGAGGGGGGAGGGCGGGGGUUACCUACAACCAUCAUCUAUAUAAAUAAUAUAACCUCUCCUCCUCCUAGAAACUACAACUUCCUCGUCUGUCUUCUGUGUCAAACAUUUACUCUUCUUUGAGCUGGAUAAUUUCCUCCUUCUGUCCGUGUCAUGUGACCAUCAGGUGGGGGGGUAGGCAGGGUGGGAUGGGGGUGGGGCAGGGUGGCGCCAGCGUUUUCUCUCUCAGUUUCUUUGUUAAAGUUCAGGAUGCAUGACACUCAGCCGGGCAUGCUCAGUGUGAAGCUCUUCUUCUGUAUCAGACCGACCAACGACAGGGUUACGGAGGAAAUGAUGAAACUGAUGAUGUGCAGUGAAAAGGUUUCUCCCGCCAGAAGAGAAAUAAUUUCCUGUUUGCCAAGAAAUCCCCUGAACGUCACCUGUGUUUAUUUAAACUCUGAUUCAGAUACAGAUCUUGGAUCGCUGUCCUUGGUAGUUCACUGAUUCUGAAGUGGAAACUCUGGAGGAUGAAAAGAUUCUGGAAUUGGACGUUCAGCCUGAUUUCAUCUCAACGAUUUGAUCUGAACCAGUAACACAACAGAAUAAUAACCUAUAAGUAACGACAACUCCAGAUUUUUUCCAUUUGUUUCAGUGCAAAGAAGAACAAGUAAAUUAGGAGAAUGUUUACAUUUAAUAAACUGAAAAUGAACUUUCUUAAGAAAAAUAAGUGUAAUUUGGACUCGUUGGUGUCUGAUGUCUAUUCCUGGGCCUCAGUGUUGUGUUCUGUCCACGUUUCCUUCUAAAUCAGUGGAUGAAUUAGAGAUUGAAGUUACUGUCAUUGAGAAAAAAUUUCAAUCUUCUAUAUAAUUUUUGCACUUUGCAAAUUCACACCGUGGAUCAGAUUAGACCGUCUACUGGGUCACUGUUAGUGUCGACUCACAGGUAAAGUUUCUCUUAAAGAAAAAAAACUUUAAAUUUUCUCCAGUUCAGCGUCGCAUUGAGAAGCUGUCGUCUAACUUCAUUUAUUCCGUUUAGAAUUUGUUCUCGAUUAGCAGCUGGUUUAAGUUAACACUGAUGAAGAUGAUGAUGACGAAGAAGAUGAUGAGGGCGUUACCUUUUGUAAAGCAGCUGUGUUGUCGUGGAGUUUCUUUCCUGUUCGUAGACUGCAUGCGUAGACCGUCGGGUUCUGGCAUGAAUGUUUCUCACUCAGUAGAUUUGAUCCGUUGUGAACGUGUUUGCAAAAAAUCGAUAAAUAAAUCAAUAAACAUCUAUAAAUAUG